AUGAGCCCGGUUGAGCCCGCCGGUGGUGGCGACGACGGCGACGCGCAGAAGGGCAGCCCGGUGGGCUGCGGCGGCGGGGGGCGCCCUGGGAUGACGGCCGGGGCCCGGGCGGUGAGCGCGCUGUGUCUGCUGCUCUCUGUGGGCUCGGCGGCCGCCUGCCUGCUGCUGGGCGCCCAGGCGACCGCGCUGCAGGGCCGGGUUGCGGCACUCGAGGAGGAGCGGGAGCUCCUGCGGCGCGCGGGGCCGCCCGCAGACCUGACCACCUGGGCCGAGCAGCACCUGGAGCGCCUGCUGCGCGAGAAGUUGGAUGGACUAGUCAAGCUGCGGACUGUUCGAGAAGCGCCAUCGGAGUGCGUCUGCCCCCCAGGCCCCCCCGGACGGCGCGGCAAGCCUGGAAGAAGAGGCGACUCUGGUCCUCCAGGGCAAUCAGGACGAGAUGGCUACCCGGGCCCACUGGGUCUGGAUGGCAAGCCUGGACUUCCGGGCCCCAAAGGGGAAAAGGGUGCCCCAGGAGACUUUGGCCCCCGGGGAGACCAAGGGCAAGAUGGAGCUGCUGGGCCUCCAGGGCCCCCUGGACCCCCGGGGGCCCGGGGCCCUCCUGGCGACACUGGAAAAGAUGGCCCCAGGGGAGCUCAAGGCCCAGUGGGUCCCAAAGGAGAGCGUGGACAAGACGGCGAGAUGGGCCCAAGGGGACCCCCAGGGCCCAAGGGUGAACCUGGCAUUCCUGGAAAGAAAGGGGAUGACGGGUCACCAAGCCAACCAGGGCUCCCUGGACCCCCAGGGCCCAAGGGCGAGCCAGGGGGUGUGGGACCCCAAGGACAGAACGGCAUGGAUGGUGCCCCGGGACCAAAGGGGGAGCCCGGCUUCCGAGGAGCCGAUGGAGCCGCAGGGCCCCGGGGUCCCCCGGGUCCCAAGGGCGAGCAAGGAGACACGGUGGUGAUCGACUACGAUGGCAGGAUCCUGGAUGCCCUUAAGGGUCCUCCUGGGCCACAGGGGCCCCCCGGGCCACCAGGGAUCACUGGAGCCAAGGGUGAGCUCGGAUUGCCCGGUGCCCCUGGAAUCGAUGGAGAGAAGGGUUCCAAAGGACCAAAAGGAGACCCAGGGGAGCCUGGGCCAACUGGACUCAAAGGGGAAGUGGGGGAUAUGGGCUUGCCCGGCCUCCCGGGCGCUGAUGGCCCCAAGGGAGAAAAGGGAGAUUCGGCUUCUGACAACCUACAGGAGAGCCUGGCCCAGAUCAUAGUGGAGCCAGGGCCCCCUGGCCCCCCCGGUCCCCCAGGCCCUAUGGGCCUUCAGGGAACCCAGGGUCCCAAGGGCUUGGAUGGAGCAAAGGGAGAGAAGGGUGUGUCGGGUGAGAGAGGUCCCAGCGGCCUGCCUGGGCCGGUUGGCCCGCCAGGCCUUAUUGGGCUGCCAGGAACCAAAGGAGAGAAGGGCAGACCAGGGGAGCCAGGACUAGAUGGUUUCCCUGGACCCCGAGGAGAAAAAGGCGACCGGAGCGAUCGUGGGGAGAAGGGAGAGCGGGGUGUCCCCGGCCGGAAAGGAGUGAAGGGCCAGAAGGGUGAACCAGGACCUCCAGGCCUGGACCAGCCAUGUCCUGUGGGUCCCGAUGGGCUGCCUGUGCCUGGCUGCUGGCAUAAGUGAUCCCCAGACCCAGCUCACAACCUGUACAGAUCUGUGUGGACGUUUUUAAUUUUUGUAAAAACAAAAC